AUGGAGGUGGAAGACAUACGGAGAAACUGGAAUGCACUCUGCGAGGACUUUCUGAGGAACCCCAGGAAAGGCCUGAGAAGGCUUUCAGCGAUCCUUGGGAGGUCCCAGCGGUUUCUGUCGAUGCUUUCCGCGGGGGGAGUCUCCAGCGCGUACUCCUCGUACGCGGAUACGCUGAGAAACUCCGUGGAGAGAGUCUUCCAGGCACUUUUGCAGUGCGUGGACGAUGCAGAGAGUCACUCCAGCAUAUACUUCAUCCUCGCCAACUACAGAAACGCACAAAAUCAAGAGAUCGCGCCGAUCGUCCAGGAGUUUCUCCGGGGAGGGAGUCCCUUCCUCCUGCAGAUCAUGCGGAGGAUCUGCAGCGAGGAGAAAAUGCGCUCCAAAUUCUCCGAGGAAGAGACUCUGCAGAUCCUGAAAAAGGCUGCAGAGGGAGCUGAAAGUGCAGACUUUUCUGCGGGAGAGGGAAAUGUCCGCAUUAUUUUUGCCCUGUACAGGGAGAGCUUCGCCCGAGAAAAUAAACAGAUUUUUCUCUCGGAGAUGAUGAAAAGCUUCCAGAUGCGGUACAUAGACUUUUUUGUCUCGAAAGUCUUUCCGGAGAUGGCAGCCCAGGAGUCUCCAGGGUUUAUUGCAUCUCUAGUUGGGAUUCUAGCGAAGAUCCCAGAGAUCCCUAUACUCACAAUCUCCCAGCACAUCCCGCGGAAUGCCCUCCUUGGACUUCCCCCCGCGCUGAAGGGAGUCCUCGUGGAGAGAAUUCAGAGGAUCCAGCCCCCGCAGGAGCACGUCGGAGGGGCCUGGAUGGCUGCUAAAGUCCCAGAAGUUGUCGACGUAAAUGUGCUAUUUCAGGCUCUGAUCGCACACGAAAGUGUAGAUAUCACAUACGCCCAGGGAGAAGCAGUUGUAGAGUAUGCAAUAACAUCUGCAGAAGCAGGAAUUGUAAUACGCCCGAGGGAGAGAUUCAGCGAGGAAAAAGACGGAGAGAAGGAGAUGCUUCUGGACGUGCAGGAGGCAUCUGCGUUCCUGGAGAGGCUUUUUCUCUCCACGGACGGAACCCGCAUCCAGCUCUGCCGGAUCCUCUUCCACAUCAGAAUUCCCUCGCAGAAGGGGAAACUCACGGAAUUACUUGGGAGAAAGAAUAUACGAGUGAAGUGGAACGCCCUCAGGGCCCUGACAGCGUACGCCCUCGAUGCGGAGGAGGUGAGUUUAGUGCAGAGUCUUCUCUCCUCCACAAGGAACGAGAAGAUCAAAUUGUGGUGCUUGAAGAUCCUUGAAGUCACGGGGGGAAAGUUCGAUCUCUCGGGCCUGCAGGUGGAGGAUACGCCGUACAGGCAGGAGAUAGAGAGACUCCGAGAAAGAAUAAAUAAUUGA